AUAUAAAAACUAGGGAAUAAUUACGAAAGAAUACAAAAAAUUAGGGGUCUAAAUUCUAAAUUGCAGUUUCAUUUAGGGAGAAUUCAAUAAUAGGGAGGGAAGUUCUACUCCAUCACACACACCGAAAAAAAAAAAGAAAAAAAGGAAAAAAGAGAGGGAAAAAAAAAACGCUCUGUGGUUUCUCAAAAGAACAAAAUCAGAUGGCGUCAUCAGUAUCAGCUCUAACAACAGAAGAAGAGAAAGAGCAAGAACAACCCGAAGAAGGCCGUUUUGUCGCUUCGCAUCACCCUUCCGCACCGCCCGAUGAGUUAUUUGAUAUUUCCACAACAGUUGAUCCGAGUUACGUAAUUUCAUUGAUAAGGAAACUUCUCCCAGUUGAUUCAAGAAAUGGUGAUAAUACUGAAAUUCUGGGUUCAAAUUGUAAAGAUGAAGUUGUAAGUUCUUCAAAUGAUAAUUGUAAGAGCAUGGAGAUUGUUGAUGAUUUUAGUGAACCUGAUUUUCAAGGAGAAGAUGAAAAAGAUUCACGUCAUGGAGGGGAAAAUGCUCGUUUAUCAGCUGGGGAAGAGGUUUGGGAGGAGUGUGGUUGUGUUCUGUGGGAUCUUGCUGCUAAUCAAACUCAUGCUGAGCUCAUGGUGCAAAACUUGGUGCUUGAAGUUCUUUCAGCAAACCUCAUGGUUACCCAGUCUGUUCGUGUCACAGAGAUUUGUCUUGGAAUCAUGGGAAAUUUAGCCUGCCAUGAAGUUCCCAUGAAGCAUAUCAUUUCUACAGAUGGACUAAUUGCUGUGAUAGUAGAUCAAUUAUUUUUGGAUGACACCCAAUGUCUUUGUGAAGCUUUCCGGCUGUUAAGUUCGGGUCUUCAAGGUGGUGAAUGCAUAAAAUGGGCGGAGGCCUUGCAGUCUGAACAUAUUUUAAGCCGCAUUUUAUGGGUCACUGAGAAUACGUUAAAUCCACAGCUUAUUCAAAAGAGUGUUGGACUACUAUUAUCUAUGUUAGAAAGUCAGAAGGAAGUUGAGCAUAUUCUUCUCUUGCCUUUGAUGAAACUUGGUUUAGCAAAUGUACUGGUUAAUCUUUUAGCUUUUGAGAUGAGCAAACUGACAAAUGACAGAAUACCUGAAAGGUACUCUGUUCUUGAUGUUAUUCUUUGUGCACUUGAAGCCCUCUGCGUUAUAGAUGGAUAUUCUCAGGAAAUCUGCUCAAACAAAGAAUUUUUCCAACUAGUCUGUGACUUGAUCAAAUUCCCUGACAAAGUUGAGGUUUCUACCUCCUGUGUGACUGCUGGAGUUCUAAUUGCAAAUAUUCUGUCUGAUGUAUCUACUCUGGCUUCAGAGAUAUCACAGGAUUUGCCUUUCUUGCAGGGACUGUUUGAUAUUUUCCCAUUUACUUUGGAUGAUUUAGAAGCACGAUGUGCACUCUGGAACAUUAUUGCAAGGUUACUAGUUCGAGUUCAGGAGGAUGAGAUGAAUGCUUCUAGUCUACGUCAAUAUGUGUUUAUUCUAUUGAGCAAAUCUGAUAUAAUAGAAGAUGAUCUUUUUGAUCACCAAUUUGAUGAGAACAAGGAAAAUAAGAGCUUGGCCACAUGUGGCAGAAGAUCAAAUGCCAGAACUUUAGCUCUUAGAAGGAUAAUUAGCAUACUAAACAAGUGGAAUGAUUUAAAGGAUUCUGUUGAGAAAGAUGUGAUGGAGGAACAUGCAAAUUAUGGAAAUAUUCGUAGAUUGUUGGAUUGCUGUCACAAAUACACUGCAUCUGAUGCUGAUUAAUCUUUCUAUGAGCAAUGUCGCAUGAACAAUCUUUGCUCCUCAAUCUUGUUCCUCCAUGAGAUUCCCUAGUUUCGAAUUUGAGAUUCCUGAAUCACAGCAGAGAACUUUCAGUACCCGAACAUUACUUCAUUGAAGAAUAUGAUAUCCUUGGUUUUGUGGAGGGCAAAGGAAUAUUGCCGUGAGUUCAGAUGCUACAGGAAAUUAUCAUUCCCUUCUAUGCUGAUAAAAAAUUCCAAUUCCUUGCAACUGUCUGCUUCCACCAGAAAAUUGUCAGCUUGGAAUCAACAACUUCAUGAUCCCUGAGAGGUAGAAGGCAU